AUGUGGAGGCAUUAUGCAUCAUUGCGUUGGCCUGAUUCAAAGGAUCUACGUGCAGGUAUCAUGAGAUUAGUGUGCCAGUUAACGGAUUUGAUGCAUGACGCUGAACAUUCAACAAACUACGAUAUGAAUGUUUGUUGGGAUGAUAACGAGGUUGAAAGGAUCAGGAGACCAAUUCGGAAAUACGAGGAAGGGCAGAAAUUAUGCACGCAGUAUCUACAAGAAGCAGUAUUGAGCAGUUUUGUAGUGAUAUGA